AUGUAUCAUGUCAAAUGGAAAUUGGCUCCUCCAGUCUUCUCAGAUAUCUCUAAAAACCAAAAUGGUUUAUUGAACAAAGAUUUCUAUCACUUAGCUCCAGCUGCUGUUGAUAUCCAAACCACCGCUCCAAAUGGUGUCGCCUUCACUGUUAAAGGUAAAUCUUCAAAAGAAGGUACCAUUGCCGGUAACUUGGAAGCUAAAUUCUCUGACAAAGCUUCAGGUUUAACUUUAACUCAAGGUUGGAACACUGCUAAUGCUUUAGACACCAAAGUUGAAUUGGCUGAAGCUUUGACUCCAGGUUUAAAAGCUGAAUUAUUAACCACUUUGAUUCCAAACGGUACCAGAGGCGCUAAAUUGAAUGUUUUCUUCAACCAACCAUCAGUUACCGCCAGAGCUUUCUUUGAUUUAUUAAAAGGUCCAACCUUUGUUGGUGAUGCUACUGUUGGUCAUGACGGUUUCACUGCAGGUGCUGAAGUUGGUUACGAUAUCUCAUCAGCUAAAGUUACUCGUUACUCAGCUGCUGUUGGUUACGCUCAACCAGUUUACAACGUUUCAGUUAGCGCCACUAACAACUUGUCUGUCUUCUCUGCUGCUUACUACCACCGUGUCUCUCCAUUAGUUGAAGCCGGUGCUAAAGCUACUUGGGAUUCAAAAGCUGAUGCUGCUGCUGGUAAAGCUGUUGGUAUUGAAUUCGCUACUAAAUACGUUUUGGAUUCAACCGCUUUUGUUAAAGCUAAAGUUGCUGACUCAGGUAUCACUGCUUUAUCUUACCAACAAACUUUAAGACCAGGUGUUAAAUUAGGUUUAGGUGCUUCUUUCGAUGCUUUGAAAUUAGCUGAACCAGUCCACAAAUUAGGUUGGUCAUUAUCAUUCUCUGCUUAA